UUCACUUAACUUUAAAUGUUUGUCUCAAACAUAGGUGUCUGUGUAUAUAUAUAAAUAUGUACGAUAAAUCCACGGGAAGUUUGUGAACGUGUCUGUGAAUUCGGGAGGAUGCAAAGGUUGUCAUGUGGUGUAAACAAUUUUGAUUUAAAAUAAAAUAUUCAGGUGUGAGGUUUGAUUUCGCGAGGCUAGCUGUUUUUUUACGAUUUCAGGACUAACCCGAAUUUAUUAACUAAAGGCCAUUCACAUAAGAAUGAGAAAAGGAAAUCGAAUGAAUGAAAAUGAUAGUAAUGGAUACUCGGUGUAGUAGAAAAGCGGAAUUGGAAGAGAUUUAAGAGAAAAAUAUUUACCUUUUACAGGACCACAUUUUCUGUCGUUGGUUUAUUGACAGACUAUAGAAAUAAUAACAUCAGGACAUCAGAAAUCUCCAAAUAAAGAGAUGAGAAUACCCUUGAUGUUAUUAUGUGACAAUUCAUUGACAUCCCAUGUUUCACGGAGAACCCAAACCAGACCGUGCUUCAUCUGGUUCAAAAAUGGUUCAUCAACCUGUCCUGGACGGGCGGUUUCGGAACCGGCAAAGCCAUAGCAGCGAGAACCGUCAUCAUGUUUAUUCUGACAAUGAUAUGUCGCCCGAAGAAACAUCUCCAAAUUUCCUUCUUCCAUUAACUAAGCGUGACUUUUACACGCGGAAGGAUACAGCGCGCAAGAAUCUCUUAGGGUACUUGUAUACACGACAGCCUCAGCUUCACCGCAGCUAUUCGUUCAUCGCAGGCGAGAAACCGGUGAACGAACCCGGACUUCCGAAAAUCGCCUCGUUCUCGCGAGAAAAGACGAAUGCUGAUCCAAAUAAAUCGAAAAGUCGAAGUUUUGAUCUGACUCAUCAUGAUGUUCAUAUUAGUCAAUUCAAAGUGAGUCAAGUUCGUGAAUUUCUAAAGUCAGGAAGUACAAGAUCAAACCAUAGUUUGAUAAACGAUAACGGAAGUCCUGAGAGAUCCCGGAGUAAUAGUAACAAAAUAUUCUUUCCGGAUAUAACGGAAGAUGUGAACAACAACGAUAAAUAUGUAAAUGAUGCAUGUUCAAAUGAAGAUUUAUUCGAGAGACCUCAGAAAGGAGAAAAAGUGACAACAUUUGUGCCAUCUAGGCUUGUCGGAAACGAGGCAAAGCUAUUCCCUUCCCGGCAGAGACCUUUAACACCAAAUCUACUGAAGAAAUUGGACAGGUUAAAAAUACCUAAUCGAAUUCGUACGAAGGACUGGAUUGAUAUGUUACCUUCAGAUACUAGAGCGUAUAUUGGAGAAUCGCGUAUUAAUGCACAAUAUGUACCAGAUGACAUUAACGAUUAACAAUUGACCAAUUAUGGACGCUUUAUUUAUGUUAAUUUGUGUUACAGUUAAUAUAAAGAAAUCCGUGAGAAGAGAGAAAAAUUAUGUAUAUUGUAUAAGAAACACCACUGUUAUGGCGUCUAUAUCAUUAAAAAUCAAUUUUCAUCUCACUCGGAGCUUUACAUGCAAUUAAAAAUUUUCAGCUUUAUUCGAUUAGUAGAAUUGCAAAAUAGAUUUAAAUACCACGUCCUUAACCUAUAGGUACAUACAUGUAGAUAAAUGAUCAAUUGGUUUCGUACAAUGGCGAAUUAUCUGAAUUAUAGCAGCGAAACAUCCAAGUUUUCCGACCGUUUCUAGUGUUUUUUGGCGUCUCUUGACGACACGUUCCAUUCUGAGUUACAAUUUAUUCAAGGGUGCGUAACUCUUGAAAGAAUAUGUAAACUACCGUUACAGUACUUGUUAAGCAUCGUUAAAAUUAUUAUAACUUUUUAAUUUACUGCAUCUUUUUUUAUUUUUAUUGAUUAAAAUUUAGACACUAAAUUUUAGAAUUUUAGACACGAAAAGCAAAUCACAUGGCAAUAAAAAAAAACCCAAUGUUUACCGGUACUGCACAAGUCCUACUUGUUGGAAAUUUUUUUCGCACUUAUUUUAUUCAGAACUUUCAAUACAGAGUUUAUAAUUUUGUCGUUUCUUUUGAAUAUUUUAUUUUAUGAAAUACAUUUGUUCAAUGCUUCCUUACUCUCACCAUUUAAGAUUUCUUUAUUUGGAAACCAUCUUUUGAAUAUGUUUCACUUAUUUCUUACUUGUAAAUGCUAUCCGAUAAGAUUUAAAUUUGUAUACUAGUCUAAAUGAUAAAAGUAGUAAGUUUCAAAGAAAUAUAUAUUUAAUUUCUAAUUCACUUUCAACAUUCUCAGUCAUAUAUUCUUAGGGUGCAAGAAUAUUAAAUCUCCAAAAAGGGAGACAGAAAGUUCAUAUAUACAAUAUACCUUUAAAACAAAGUAGCAUCAAUUGUCGUGUAAAAACACACAUAAAACGUAUAUUAAACCACUGGUCAUUUACAAAAUAUUGAAUUUUUAUUUAAAAGUAUAAAUUUUGACAAAAAUUAUUCUAAUCAUUAAAUAAACACUGAACAGAUGCGGGUAGAAAAAAAAGAUUGAUUCACAGAAAUCUGACAUUAUUUUUCACGCGAUGAAAAAAUAUACCACAACCUAACGAUACAGAUUACUGGUAGGGGGAUUUUUUUUAAUCAUUAGAAAAUGUAUAAUGCAAGGUAUCUCCUGCUUAUAGUAUAUGUAACAGAAAACUCAUUUUUAUUUUU